AUGUCUUCGGAAUUCGGCCCCAUCGGGCCCCCUAUCUUCUCGUCCGACCGCCCAUGGCUCUGGGUACUCAUCCCCGUCGGCGUCGUGGUCACGCUUGCCGGGCUGGCCGUGUGGCUGCACACGCGCCGGCGCCGGCGGCUGCACCGCCUCCAGCAGCAGCGGCACGAAGACGGACUGCCCUACAACCUCCGCGACACGCGGCACCCGACGACGACACGGUCCCAUGGGGGCACGGGCAUGGCGACCACGCGCGAGUUCCCCAUCCCAUCACCACCAUCGCCGCCGCUCAUGGCAGCGUGGGCGCCGCCGUCGCAGCCGGCCACCGCGGCCACAGGGGGGUCAUCACGGACCCGCGCCGCGCGCUUCGGCGGCGGCUUUAGCGCCCGCCAGCAGGAGGGGCUCAACGAGUUUGGCGAGGCGCCGCCGCCCUACGAGAAGCGUCUCUCGGCCGGCAAGGGCGACAAGGCGGCAGCGGCAGCAGCGGCAAUACCGCCGAGAAGCGAUUCGGGCGCCGACGCCGACGUCGACACCGACGCCGUCGAGAUGCAGAGCAGCACAGCUUCGCCGUCCCUGGAUGCCACGACAACCGCCAUGACGACGCCUGAUUCGGCGUCAUCUGUUGUCUUCCACGAACUCCCGGGCAGUAGUCCAAGCCCGCCGCCCCCGCCCCCGCCGCCGGCUUAUCCCGAACCACCUACGGCCGCGGGUUCAAGCGGCUCAGGCGGUGGUGGUGCUGAUGCUACUGUCGUGCGGCCGCCUUCCCCCGCGCUGUUGCCCGAGCGGUAG